AUGGAUGCGGAUGGCCAGACGACUGGAUCGAUGAAAACAGACGAAGAAAAAUCUCUUCAGACCGGAGCAAAUAACGUGGGUGAACCAGAGAGCACAGAGAUUAAAACAGAUGACGAAAAACUUGGCGCUGAUGAGACAGGCGAUACAAUACAACCAACCACAGAUUCUGAAAACAAUGUGUGUGAAACAGAUGAUAACAAGAUAGCUGCUUCUUCUGAACCCACAUCUGACUCGAAGACAGAGGAUACGUCUAACAUGGAUAACACUCAAGAAUCGGUAAGAAAUGAACCUGAUGGUUGUGACGAUAAACAAGACGAGAAUGAUAUGUUAGACCAAAGAGGGCUUACUGGUGAAAACGCGAAUACAGAUGAAGCACAGAAACAAGGAGAUAACAACGUUGCGGACGGGGCCUCAUUGGGACCGGAAGAGGAGGAGGAACCAGUGUACACACCUCCCCAGUCCUCGUCUUCCACCCGGAGCUCCAGGGGUCGCCAGUCCAGGGCAGAUGAUGACAUGGACACAGGUGAGGAGCUUAAGAUUACUGUUGUUUUUGUUUCUAUUCUUAAGCCGGUGCUUUUAGGUGUUGACCGUGUAACAUUUAUCAGUGCUCUCAAUGAACUGUCCAGUCUUAAUCAAACCGAGAAUACAAGGUUCAUACUUUGA